UCCGGUGCAGUUCGGGAUGUGGCGUUCGUGACGUCAUUUGGACCGCGUUGGAAGCGCUGCCGGGGCUGAGCGUGACGUGGCAGACAGACGAGUAUCCGUCGGGCGACAGAGCAGAGCAGCACAGCGGCCGCCGAGCACCGACCUCCGACCAUGGGCCUCACCAUCUCCUCGCUCUUUUCCCGGCUCUUCGGCAAGAAACAGAUGCGAAUCUUGAUGGUCGGUCUUGAUGCUGCCGGUAAAACAACAAUCCUGUACAAGCUGAAGUUGGGAGAGAUUGUCACAACCAUCCCCACCAUUGGUUUUAAUGUGGAAACCGUAGAAUACAAAAACAUCUGUUUCACCGUCUGGGAUGUUGGCGGUCAGGACAAAAUCCGACCCCUUUGGAGGCAUUAUUUCCAGAAUACACAGGGCCUAAUUUUUGUUGUAGACAGUAAUGACAGAGAGAGAAUCCAGGAAGCCGCCGAGGAAUUACAGAAAAUGCUCCAAGAAGAUGAACUGAGGGAUGCCGUGUUGCUGGUGUUUGCUAACAAACAAGAUUUGCCCAACGCUAUGGCCAUCAGCGAGAUGACCGACAAGCUGACGCUUCAAACUCUCCGCAACAGGACUUGGUACGUGCAAGCAACAUGCGCAACUCAGGGGACCGGUCUGUACGAAGGACUGGACUGGCUAUCAAAUGAGCUCUCCAAGCGUUAAGGUGGAGUGGCGUUCAGCAGAGGACACAAUGAAUAGAAGUGGUCUAGGCGCAUAACAUCCAAACUAGUUCUAAAAUGGUAUAAGAAAUGGAAUGGGGGCAGCAAACACUCUAAAAGUUUCCAGAUUCUUUUGUUGCCGGUUACUUUACAGAGUUUUCACGUUGCUUUCAGAGCGAUGUGGUUAGACAUAAAGCAGAAAAUAAUAAAUUCUCCCUUAUGUGAAAGUGUUUUCUGGUUUUACUUCUCCUUGCCAUGCCUGGAAAUCAUUGUGAUGCUAUAGAUUUGACUGCCUCCCCCCCCCUCCCCUCCUUUCCAACGCAAAUACAAUGUCAUUUCCAAGUCGGUCGCAGCUCUCCUUUGUAAAGUCAGGGCUCUUUUAAUUAUUGCACACUUGGCAGAAUUCUUGCUUUACUGAAGUUUUUUGAAGUGUCCCCAUCUUUUGCCCCCACGUGUCAUUCCUUAGACUUUCUGCUGAAUUAAAACGUAGCAUUCCAUGUCUAUUUAUUGUUCAUCUAUGCCAAAAGAUUUAGUUUUUGGGUUUUCCUUUUUUUUUUUUUUUUUUUUAAACUACUUGCCCAUUAUCAGCAGAGAACACGAAACACUAUUCGAAACACCAAUUUUCAUUUCUUUUAGGCACUUGUUAGCUGAGACUAACUUUGCUUUUGCAAUGAGGGUUGGUGGGAAAGGCCUUUGCUGGAGAGCGAGUUUGCAAUAACGCCUUUUGCUCAGAACUUGCAGCGGAGGAGCCCCGGCUUGUUUUAUUUCAACAGAUUUGUCUUCAAAUUUAGGGUAUUUUUUUAAUGUUUCUUUCAGCUUGACUGUUUUUGCCCAUUGUAUCAUAGUUCUGCUGAUUGUUUUAUUGUUUAUUGGUGAACAUAUCUUCAUGAUGCAAGAUUAUUCUUUUUUUGUUUUUGAAAUUCCUGAAUCUAAACAAUUGACGUUUUCUUCAUACCCCACUAAGAAUUAUUCCUAAUAAAAUAACAAAAAAAGGUU